GUGGGCUGGACUGUGGGCACGUCUGAGGAUUUUUUUUCGCAAAGGGAAAAAAUGGCGCCCAGCUCGAAAUCGGAAAAAGAAGACAACGGCAACAAACAAAAACAGCAGCGAAAACACAAAGACCACAUUGUCAAACUCCUCACUCGCGGAAAGCUUUCAGGCCAGGUGUCUCAGAGGCUGUUUCGCAAGCUGCCCCCCCGAGUGUGUGUCCCCUUGAAGACUAUAGUGAGCGAGGAGUUUCUCCGGGCAGGUCACAUCUUCUUGGGCUUUACAAAGUGCGGGCGUUACGUGUUGUCCUACACGAGCGACUGUGGCGAGGACGAUGAUUUCUCCUUCUACACCUACCAUCUGUACUGGUGGGAGUUCAACCUGCACAGUCGCCUCAAACAGGUGCACCAUGUGCGCUUGUUUGCGGGUGAAGACAUCUACAGUGAGCUGUACCUCACCGUCUGCGAGUGGCACAACGAUCACUCAAAGAUCGUCAUCUUCGGCUUCAAUACUCGCAGCAGCACGGCUCUGAUGAACAUGAUGAUGAGUGACGAGAAUAACAGAGACAUAUACAUCACUAUCGCCUCCAUGCCUCCUGCACAACGGUGCCUACAGUGCUGCCCUGUACCCACUACAUCCACAAUACGCACAGGAGGGGAGUGUUUGGAGCAUGGAUAUGUCCUGAACGCUCGUUAUCAGGUGGUUUAUCCGUUCCCUACCUUCCAACCAGCUCUGCAGCUGAAGAAGGAUCAGGUCAUCCUCCUCAACACCAGCUACUCACUGGUGGCCUGCGCCAUCUCACUCUGCUCCGGUGGAGAGCAGCAGCAGCAGGGGGAUGGACAGAAUAAUCAAAUCCUGUACCGAAAACGAGAGACUUCUGCUUCUUCCUCUCAUCAUCCUCCCAGCCCCUCCACUUCCACCUCCUCCUCCUCUUCUUCCUCCUCUCAUGGGUCACCUGACCGCAGGCCGACCAAUCUCCACGCGACGCCGCUCUCUCCCAGCCGAUCUCAGGCUGCCGUGCGAGCGCGUGAGUUCGCCGCUGAUAUCUUCCGGCGUGCUCAGGCGGGGGUGGACGGAAGGAAGGACAGCGAGACCCGAGAGGCGAAAACAUCACGCUCAUCCACCACAGACUCCGAACGAAAAAGGGCAGAAGAAAGAAGGGAGGAUGCAGAGGGGCCGUCCACUUCACACGGGAAAGGAAGUACCCCGUCGUCCAGUGAGGCGGAGGAGGGCGUCUCAUCUAACACGGUCAUGUCCCCGGCAUCCACGUCCUCUUCGUGCUCGCUUUCACCGCACGCCGCGGCGCCAUCAUCCACGUCGGAGCCGGGAUACGUGAACUACACGCGGCUCAGGUACAGGCUGCAGCAGCCCGGGAGGACAGAGCAGGACAAUGCAGAAGAAGAAGAUAAAGUUCAGCUGCCGUUCACCGUCUCGGACCUGAGAGGACGGAACCUGCAGCUGGUUACCGGACAGUACACGGGACCGUGUGUUUGUGUGGAGCAGCUGACCCUGGAUUUUGAGUAUCUGAUUAAUGAAGUGAUCAGAAACGAUGCAGAGUGGGCCUCCCAGUUCUGCUCCUUCAGUGACUAUGACGUUGUGAUCCUUGAGGUUUGCCCGGAGACAAAUAUAGUAGUGAUAAACAUUGGACUUCUGCUACUGGCCUUCUCCAACUGUGAGGAGGAGCACAGCAGGCCUAAGUCGUAUCACUCCAGCCUGCAGGUCAGCUGGGAUCUGAACACGGGCGCCUGCUGCACCGUAGGUGUUGGUGACCUCACGGAGGUCAAAGGUCAAACCAGUGGGAGUGUAUGGAGCUCUUACAGGAAGUCGUGUGUAAACACAGUCAUGAGGUGGCUCGUCCCUGAGAGCAGCUCACGCUACAUCAACCGCAUGACCAAUGAAGCCCUGCACAAAGGUACCUCUCUUCAAGUACUUGCUGACAGCGACAGAGCCACCUGGAUCGUCCUGUAAUGAAGACACCAUAACGUGUACACAUACAUACACACACACACACAGGCGGAGUGUAUUUCUUUCCUGUUGUAUUCAGAAGUUUAGAUGUGGAGCGAAAGCCUCGAUUGUGAGUCCAGUGUUAAUACAUACAUGCUGCUGCACUAAAACCUUUCCGCUGGAACGAACAAAGCGUCUUUUAUACGUGUCUCUUAUUUUUGUCGUCGUCGUCGUGGUGUACGUGAUCGAUCCGUCUGUGUGCAUGGUUCAACUAAUAGAACUUCUUACCUAGCAUCAGUAUCGAUCAGGGACGAGUUUAUCUCACGGACUGUCUGCCUUGAGGUGUGUCUUUUCUCUCCAGAUGGUGCUUUAAUCCGGUGUCUUUGGGUUUACAUCAUUCAGUCUUUUGUUUUCACACACACACACUAAUAAUCAUCUCGGCAUCGAUUAUUUAUCUAUUAACAAAAUGUCAUCUAAUGUAGACCAGUAGUUUGUUGUGAAAUGAAUUCCAGGCCUGAAAGAUGUUAAAUCACUCACUCAGCCUCGUGUCCAGCUGUCUUGAGGUCCAUCUGUUCCUGAUCUGCACGUUUUGUUUUGUUUUUCUUCAUUAUUCCUCUGCCGGAGUAAUCAUCAGUCCAUUACCAGACGAGUUCCUUCAUUUUAUCGGAGCAGAUAAAACACUAAAAUAUCCUUAAAAUUAAGGACCACGGUUCUGAAUCUCUUCGCAGGUAUGUUUGGGGUGCAGAAGGUCAGGGCAUUGCAGGGUCCCUUCAUUGUAGAUGCUACCGUGGGUGUGUGUGUGUGUGUGUGUGUGUCAAACUGCAUUUUCUCAACCAACUAUUGCAACUUUGUUCAUUUAAAACAUGCAGAAACUCCACAGCGAGCAUUACAUCCAGCUAUGUUGUUUUGUUUGUUUUUAUUUUUGUUUGUUUUUUCCUGAUGUAGUGGUCAUGAUGCGCCUCUACAGAAUACGAACAAUACUUGAUAUUGUCUUUACUUGAUUAUUUUUUAAUAAAAA